GGGAGUCGAGACGAGCUGCCAUGACAGUGCAAUUGACCCAGAGCUCACUUGCAAUGGUUUUGGGGCUCCGGGAAGCGACCUCGGGGCUGGACAUGAGCGGGCAGCAGCUGCUAGCAGAGUUGAAAGCGGAGAACCGGCGCAGCGUGUGGGAUGGGCGGCUGGUUCAGGCCGUAUCCGGCCUCAUGCUCCUCGGCUACCUGGACAGUUCGGUGUUACUGCUGGGCGGCAGUGCCUCACACCUCCAGGUCCUGAGGGAAGCCUGGAGCCGGAGAGCACUGAGGGCACCCCGCGGAUUCCGCAUCAAAGCCAUCGGUGAUGCACCCGCAAUACCCAUGAAGCCCAUUCCUCAGUCUCAGUUUGUUCCCUUGGCAGAAGUGCUUUGUUGUGUUAUCUCCGAAAUGAAUGCUAAUCGUACAGUUGUGACCCAGGAAGCCCUGUUGGAAUAUUUGGUCGAGUGUUAUCCAGGUAUAGCAACACCCUCUCAGGAGAUAGUGCACAGUGCCUUGGGCUCCCUGAUUCAGGACAGGAAGAUUUAUCACACUGGAGAAGGCUAUUUCAUUGUCACUCCACACACCUAUUUCAUUACAGGCAGCACAGGGAAACAGAGACAGCCCUGGAUGCUGUGUGAGAAGACCGCUGCCUCAAUUGAUCGUAUUACAUACCUGGUGAAUGUGGAGAGCAGUCAGGAGCCAUUGAGGAAGGACAAGGUACUUCCCGAUGGAGUCCCCCACUGCAAGUCCUGUCGCUGCUUCAGCCAGCCAGAGGAGGAGCAACAGGCUGAGCCGCAGUUCUGUAAGAGUAGCCCAGGUCAGAGGAGCUGCAAGGAGCACAAGCCAGCAGUCCAGCACAGGGCCACUUCUACAGUGAAUGGGCCUUGCAGGGCCAAAGAGAAGGGAAAUCCCAUCGGAAAGCUCAGCCUCAGCCUGUUCCGGCGCAAGAAAAAAAAAGAGAGCCCCAAGAGAGUAUACGGGACUUUCUCAGCCCAGUUUCCCCCAGAGGAGUGGCCGGUACGUGAUGAGAACAGUGUGAGGAACAUUCCACGAGACGUGGAGCACCAACUCAUCAAACGCAUCAAUCCUGGACUGACUGUGGAGAACCUGGUCAGGCACACUCUGCUGAUGAAGAAACUGAGCAGAGAGAGCACUGCUCAAUGUCACAGCAGUGGCUCACUGGACCAGCUGAUUGGCAAGCAGAGGCAUCAUUCUAAAGAAAACCCGCAAAAUACAGCAGCUAAGUUGCAACCACAGCAACGUAGAGUGAGGUCCAGCAGGGAGCAGAAAAGACGGAGGCUUAAGGGAUCACUGCAACCAACCGAGGAUCUGCCCAAGACUAGGAAUGGUCCAAAUGUGAAGGAACUGGACAAGCACAGGAGUGAAGGAGUGCAAACGCUUCAUGAGGAGCUGCCAAGCCAGGCUUGCAGGAGUAGAACCCCAACCAAACACUCACACCAGAAAAGAAUCGAUGGUUCUUUCACCAAGAUCAAAUGCUAUCAUGCUCAAAAUGCCACAAUCAACAACCCAAGGGUGAGGCGGAGGUCACAGUCUCUGGACUCCUUUGCCAGGGCACAGGACACUAUAUUAGGAAGAGAGAGUGCUCCAGAGAAGUCCCAACCCAACACUGCUGUCUAUCUCAGGCCAGCAGAGGAAGAUAAUGAGGAGCAACUACGAAGUCAUGAUGCUAGGAUAGAGUGCAGAAACCAGGUUCUCUCAUGUUACAAUAUCCCCUGUGAAUCCCAUGAUUGCCUGAACAAAAACCAAACACCUGGCUCCCCCCAAAAUAUACACACUUCAAAUUACAUGCUUGCCUGCGCCCAGCAAUAUCACCAAGAGCAGGAGACAGAGAAAUUUAGCAAUGUAACAAGGCCAGAGGUUAGCCAUGAGUAUGAGGAUAGUUCUGUCCCUCAAGCCUUGUGUGAUCGAAUUUCCAAGCAGGGUCAGAAUCCUACCACGUCUACAACAGUGAAGUGUGUGAGUGUGGAGAGGCUCUCAAGCCUAUCUCAUCUGUCUGAUGCACAACUUGUGUCCCUAGAGCAAGCACACCAGCCUGAGGGUGAAACAGCCAGCCAACCAGAGACCGAUGAGGGACAGAGUGAGGUCUUCACUGAUGAAGAUCAGACCUUGUAUCAGAGAGAGCUGGAGGAGGAUGAUGCCUGCAGUUCACUUUACCUCGAUGAUACUGAGCUGUCCAUACAUCUGCCUGGUCUCGACUAUGCCGAUGAACCUGGGAGUGAAGGUGUGCCGAGUGAGUUGUCCAGUGAAAGCUGGGUUUUAUCCAAGAUACUGCUGCAGGAGGAGCAAACUGCAGAAAGUGAAUUUGCUGAACAGCAGGUGGGGAGCUGGUUAAAAGGAGCAAGUGACAGCAGUAUGGGACAGUCCACACCAUGCUGUGGGAAGGAGCCUCACAGUCCGUUUUGCAGAUACCAGCCAAUGAUACCUCUGCCAUAUGAACACCUGGAGAAAGAGGAGCCUCCAAGUGGGUGCAGGGACCUCAUCAGCAGUAUAUUUGAUUUUUCUAACAUGACAGUUGCUAACUCUUCUCCAGAGACCCUUUGUACAUCUAGUAAUGAAGGCACCAGAAACCCAACCAGUCAGGACCUCUGGGCUGGGCAUCCCAGAAUGAAAACUCAACUGAUGAGAAAUUUGGACCGCAACCAAUUUCCUCACCACACCCACAGUACUGCAUUACCACAGACCAGCCAAGACGACAACACUCAUCUGGAGUUGCUGGAAAACUACAGCAUUACUGAAGAUAGUGGUAUUGAUUCACCAAGGACUCGAGUCAGUUUGGCAUCAAACAAUUCGAUCAUUCUGGACAGCUUGAAGCGACGGAGUUUGAUGCAGAAUUAUGGAACUUUGAACAGUACUGGGCAGAAUGGUGUUUUAUCCCAGCAUCCUUUACUGCAGCUCACCCCAGUAAUGAAUGUUUGAUUGGAGGCUGUGCUAACUGACGCAGGAAUGUAAAAUGACACAUAAAUGUAUUAGCUUUUGGGGGCUGUAAAUGGUAAAUGAGUUAUGAAUUGCACAGCUAUUAUGAAAUCAAGACAAAAAUACCGAUGCUGGAAAUCUGAAACAAAAACAGAAA